CUCUCAUUCUGUCACUGUUACCUGGGAGCAGAGGCCGAACCCCCUUACCACCACCUCCUUUCAGGCAGUUGUAGGGAGCAGGGAGGUCUCCCCUGAGCGUCCUCUGCUCCACACUGACCCAUCCCAGCUCCCUCAGCCGCUCCCCAUCAGACGUGUGCUCCUGACCCCUCACAGCUCUGUUCUCUUCUCUGGACACGCUCCAGGGCCUUCAUGUCUUUCUUGCAGUGAGGGGCCCAGCACCGAACACAGCACUGAGGUGCAGCCUCACCAGGGCCGGUACAGAGGGACGGUCAACUCCUGCUCUGCUGGCUGCACUAUUGCUGACACAAGCCAGGAUGCCGUUGGCCUUCUUGGCCACCUGGGCACACUGCUGGCUCAUGGUCAGCACCUAUCAGUUCACAUCCCCAUGUUCUUUUCCUCCGUGCAUCUUUCCAGCCACCCUGCCCCAAGCCCAUAGUGCUGCAUGGGGCUGUUGUGACCCAACUGCAGGGCCCAGUACCCGGUCUUGUUGAAGCUCAUCCCAUUGGCCUCAGCCCACUGAGCAGCCUGUCCAGGUCCCUCUGCAGGGCCUUCCUACCCUCAGGCAGAUCAACACUUCCUCCCAACUUGGUGUCAUCUGCAAACUUACUGAGGGUGCACUCAAUCACACCAUCCAGAUCAUCAGUAAAGAUACUAAACAGAUUUGGCCCCAAAACUGACCCCUGGGAAACACCACUGGUGACCAGCCACCAGCUGGAUGGAACUCCAUUCACCACCACGCUCUGGGCUUGGCCCUCCAGCAGUGUUUUGCCCAGCCAAGUGUACACCUGUCCCAGCCAUGGGCUGCAGCUUCUCCAGCAGAAUGCUGUGGGAGAUGGAGUUAAAGGCUUUGAUAAAGUCCAGGUAGAUUACAUCAACAUCCCUUCACUAAUCCCCCAGGCAGUCACCUGGUCACAGAAGGAGAUGAGGUUCGUCAGGCAAGAUCUGUCUGCCAUGGACCCAUGCUUGCUGGGCCGGAUCCUCUGGUUGUCUUGCACGUGCUGUGUGUUCACACUUAAGAUGACCUGCUCCAUAACCUUCCCCAAUACCCUGGUCAGGUGUUGUGAAUUCAGAAGUCAAGAAUAAAUUAGUUUAAUUGAUGGAGGACUGGAACAAUUAAACAUGACAGUCCUCGUACACUGCAUUUACAAAAAAAAAAAAAAAAUCCUUUCUGGGAACUCCAGAUAUGGGUACAACCUCACUUUCAGUUUUCUGUUGCAUUGCAAAGGAGCUGGUGAGAGGAGCUGUGAUUAGUAUUCAAAGAGUGGGCUGUGGGAUGCUGGCACAUGGCACAGGGAUGCAGCCCACCCAGCAGAGCCUGCAGAGGUUCUUCCUUUGCAGGUAGAUAGUGAAAGAGAUGGUGCCACGCCGGUCGUGCCAUGCUGAUAAGACAAGGGGGAAUGGUGUUAAACUAAAAGAGAGGAGAUUUGGAUUAGAUGUGAGGGGGAAAUUCUUCUCCCAGAGGGCGGUGAGGUGCUGACACUGCUGCCCAGAGCUGUGGGUGCCCCAUUCCUGGAGGUGCCCCAGACCAUGGGUGGGCCCUGGGCAGCCUGAGCUGGCACCCAAUUUAGUGGUUGGCCACCUUGCCUGUGGCAGGGAGCUGGAAACACAUAAUCUUUGAGGUCCCUUCCAGCCAACCCAUUCUAUUACUCUACAAUUACUUUACAAUUCUAUGAAAUCCUGAUGAAGAUGUUGCUGAGAUAGAGCCCCCAGCUCUGAAGCUGAGGACUCUAAGUGGUGCUUCCAGUAUAUCAUCAUCUGCAAUACAUUCGUUUGGGAAGGCUGGAUCUCCAAAGUGCCACAGCAGUAGCCAUGCUCACCCCAAACAGCUCACUCUGCCUGCUGCUAUCCAUUUCUCAGGAUUUUCUGUAAUUAGGAAAAUCCCAACAAAUAUCCCAGAAGCCAUUAUCACUCCAGAACUCAUUAGCAGAGGACAGAGAAAGUGAAAGCAGGAGGCAAUGCUGCAGUUUUGUCACCUAGACAGCAGUGUGAUGGCUCAGUGCUGUGUUAUAUGGGUCAUAUUUUAGGCCUUAAUCUUAGGACAAACUCCAAAGUCACUGAAGAGUAUGGGCACCCAUGCAGGCUCUGCUCCACUGUGGCCAAGUACUGGAGAAGUGAGGAGAUCCCCUCACUGGCGAGGCUGCAGCUGGGGACCUGCGUUGAGAUCUGGGUCCCACAGUACAGGGAGACCUGGGCAUGCUGGAGAGAACGCUGUGCAGAGCCACAAAGAUGCUGACAGUGCAGCGUCCCCAGAGAGGAAGAGAAGAGGAUCAUGUUGCUCUUGCAGAUGAGAUGGGUAGAAAGACGGAAAUGGGUUGGAAUAUAAAGUAUUGGCUGAGGGAGCAGCAAGGCCUUUUGGAGGAAGGUGUAGUGUCUGUUCCUUCCCCAGGAAAGGGCUGGGAAACCCUAUUUCAGAGACAGUUGGUUAUAAUUCCUCUUCUUGGAAAGAAUUCUGACACCUGCACAAUGUAAUUCUUGUGUUUUCUUCCUCCAGUGAUCUCAGUCUCACUCUCCCAUGUAUCCCACCCUGCACCAGUAGAACAGAGCAGAGAAAAUGGAAGAGCAAAUUGUAACCUGCAGCUGAACUCCCUAGGCAAUAUCUCUUGGCUCUCCCGGCUUGUCCCUGCCCUGCUUCCUUCAUGCUCCACAGCUGCCUGCCAAGCCCCGGGACAAGGGCACCCUCUGCAGACCAGGAGAAGUCAGCAACAAAACUCCCCAUUUCUUAAAUCACUUCUUGAUCAUUGCCUUUGCAUUUUCGUGUGUCCUACGACAUCCCUACUCCCACAGGACAAGGUGGCCAGGCUUCUCCAGAGACAGCAGAGACUUUAGGGAGCACAGCAUCUUCCUUCAAAUAAAGGAACACACCGAUCUUUUCAAGACCAAUGUAAGCUAUGAUUUGUGUGGGAAAUACUGCUUUGCACUGGUGGGCUGAUGGUCUAAUGGAUGGAACUGCUGCAUCCAGUAGUAACUGGCAAAGGAGAUAGAACUGGAUUGAAGCCUUCUGGCUUUCUAUUGGCUCGUGCUGUAACUCUGAAGCAUAUUUGAGACUGUGCUCAGGGUACCAACUGGUUGUAGCUGGUUGUAUGGGAGCUGCUGAGUCACGGCCUGAACCACUGAUUGAGCACCUGGAGAAAAGACCCAGUCAGCUCUGGGAGCACAGGUGAAGGCAAUUCACUGUGUGACCAGAAGCCUGGCUCCACCCCUCUUAGGCCUCAUUUAGGGGCUGACUACCACUGAGGAAGGAUGUCUUUCUGGAGAUUUCUCUUUAGUGGAAGCCUUUCCCUGUGAACCUGGAAUCAUCUGAUAUGGGUCCUUUAGCUCAACAGCUGGUAGAUUCCUAUAAAGAUACAACACCUGAACAGUUCCAGUAAAUUGCAGCUGAUAAAUGCCCCACAGCUGGGAGGCAAGGAAUAUUUUGUUUUUUACCCAGAAAGAAAUUUAUGACCUAUUUGUGGAACGUUGAGCAAAGAGAAGAUUCCAGAUGGGCACACAAGGGAUGGAGGGGGUGUGCACAGGGACAGCCCCAGCUAUAAAGAGGCUGACGCCAGCAUGGAACUCAGAGCAUCAGGACCCACUGCUCAGGCUCCUGUCACCCGUGCACCACUAUGGCAAUGGGGCUGCAGGCUGGGACACACCAGCUCCGUGGGAACCUUGUCCUGCCUGUGGCAGUGGCGAUGCUUCUCUGCACCAGCCCAGUGUCUGCCGUGUCCUCGGUUGGGCUCCCUGCAGACUGCAGCCGCCUUGCCAGCAGCAGCCCCAGCGGGGUGUACGUCAUCCAGCCAGCAGGGUCCCCUCCCCGCGUGGUGUGGUGUGACAUGGACACCGAAGGCAAGGGCUGGACUGUUGUCCAGAGAAAUACUUACAACACUGAGAUCACGUGGACCGAGUCCUGGACCACCUACAAGUACGGCUUCGGGAACGUGCAGGGCGACCACUGGCUGGGCACCGAGUACCUGCACCUGCUUACGCAGCAGGGCACCUACAAGGUCCGCUUCGUCGUGCGGGACAAAGCCAACGUCACUCACUACGCUGAGUACGACAUCUUCAGUGUGGAGAGUGAGAGCAGCGGGUACCCGCUGAGGCUGGGCCGGUUCCUGAGCAGCGGGAAGGACUACCUGACCAACUACCACUCCUCGUAUGGAGGCAUCCAUGACAACAUGAAGUUCAGCACGGUGGACAAGGACCAGGACCAGCACAGUGGGAACUGCGCCAGCAGCUAUGGGGGGUGGUGGUAUGACAGAUGCCAGAACGUCCUCCUCAACGGCAAAAAGUACAUCCUCUGGCAAGAAAUUUGCCCGAGAGGCGACUGCACAUCGUCCCUCAUCCUGGUCAAACCCACCGAUGUGUGCUGACUGUGCCGGAGGUUGGGGGAGUGCCACUGUCCUGAGCCCGGUGCCCCGUCCCUGUGCCUGCCAGCCCUGUGCCAGCCCCGCUGGGUGCCCCAUGCCACCUGCAGCUCCUGCGCGGCCACCAGCUCCAA